AUGGAGAAAAUGCCCAAGUAUGCAAAAUUCAUGAAGAAGAUGCUCACAAAGAAAAAGAAGUAUACGGAUGAAGAGACAGUUGUGCUUGAUGCUCAUUGUAGUGCAAUUAUUCAAAAAACUCCCCCAAGAAAGGAAGUCGACCCGGGACGAGUCAUUUUACCGAUCACCAUUGGAGGUAACUACAUUAGUAAUGGUUUGGUUGAUUUGGGGUCUAGCAUCAAUUUAAUACCUUUAUCCGUUAUCAAGAGAUUGGGGAACAUUGAGAUGAAACACACCAGGAUAACUUUACAACUAGCCGAUAAGUCUAUCAUUUCACCAUAUGGAGUUGUACAAGACAUGCUGGUAAAGGUGGACAAAUUUUUGUUCCCGGUUGAUUUUGUGGUAGUCGACAUGGAGGAGGAUCGUGAUGUGCCAUUAAUACUUGGAAGACCAUUCAUGAAGACCACCCGAAUGAUGAUUGAUAUCGAUGAUGGGAUUAUGAAACCUCCUAAGGAUGAACAUGACAACUUCCGAAUCGAUGAUGAAAAAGGAGAAAUCAUUGAGGUGGAGAAUCAACAAGGACAAGGACAAGGAAAAUCAUGA